GACCCCGCGCUGGAGCCCUACGUGCAGACCCGCAUCUUCAAAAUCAUCGUGAUCGGAGACUCCAACGUGGGCAAGACGUGCCUGACCUUCCGCUUCUGCGGGGGCACCUUCCCCGGCAAGACCGAGGCCACCAUCGGCGUGGAUUUCCGCGAGAAGACGGUGGAGAUCGAGGGGGAGCGCAUCAAGGUGCAAGUGUGGGACACAGCUGGCCAGGAGAGGUUUCGGAAGAGCAUGGUGGAGCACUACUACCGCAACGUGCACGCUGUGGUCUUCGUGUACGACGUGACCAAGAUGAGCUCCUUCACCAACCUCAAGACGUGGAUCGAGGAGUGCAACGGGCAUGCGGUGCCCCCGCUCGUCCCCAGGGUGCUCGUGGGGAACAAGUGUGACUUGAAGGACCUGAUCCAGGUGCCAUCCAGCCUGGCCCUCAAGUUCGCCGACGCUCACAACAUGCUUUUGUUUGAGACCUCGGCCAAGGACCCACAGGAAAGCCAGAACGUGGACGCGAUUUUCAUGUGCCUGGUGUGCCGGCUGAAGGCGCAGCGCUC